AUGUUCCUCACUGUGUACCUGUUCUCCCUCCUGGGGAACACCCUCAUCAUCUUCAUUAUUCUCAUGGAUCCCACCAUCCAGACACCCAUGUACACCUUCUUAGGGAAAAUGUCCUUGGAGAUAUGGUACAUGACAGCCACAAUGCCUAAGCUGCUGACCACCUGCCUCUCCAAAGCUGUCAUCAUCUCUGUUUCCACAUGCAUUCCUCAGCUGUAUUUCUUCUUCUCCAUGGGAGCUACAGAGUGCAUCCUGCUAGCCGUGAUGGCCUAUGAUCAGUACGUGGCCAUAUGCAGCCCUCUGUGCUACACAUUUCUCAUGUAUGCUCACAUCUCGCUGAAGUUUUCGUCUGGCUCCUGGAUUGGGGGUUUCUCUGCUACUCUCGCUAGUACCAUAUUUGUCUCUCAUCUAAACUUUUGUGGCCCCCAGAAGAUCAGCCAUUUCUUCUGUGACUCAGACCCUGUUUUCAAACUCUCCUGCUCAGACACAUUUUUUGUGGAGGCCCUGGCCUACACAUGUAGCUCUGUUGUGAUUCUCUGUUCUCUGCUUCUCACUUUCUCCUCUUAUGCCAAUAUUGUGGCCACAGUAGUCAAGGUGGCUUCCCAAGAGGCUCAGAAGAAAAGUUUCUCCACCUGUGCCUCCCACCUCACUGUGGUUACCAUCUCCUAUGGCACCAUUAUCUUUGCCUAUGUCUCCCCUCUGGCCAAGCACAACUUCACCAUUGGUAAAGUCAUGUCUGUGUUCUACUGUGGGUCACCCCUCUGGUAA